ACUGAUGGACUCAACCACAGCUACGGCAGAGCUGGGCUGGAUCGUGCAUCCUCCAUCAGGGUGGGAAGAGGUGAGCGGCUACGAUGAAAACAUGAACACCAUCCGCACGUACCAGGUGUGCAAUGUAUUUGAGUCAAGCCAGAACAACUGGCUACGGACCAAAUUCAUCCGGCGCCGCGGCGCCCACCGCAUCCACGUGGAGAUGAAGUUCUCUGUGCGUGACUGCAGCAGCAUCCCCAGCGUGCCCGGCUCCUGCAAGGAGACCUUCAACCUCUAUUACUAUGAGGCUGACUACGACUCGGCCACCAAGACCUUCCCCAACUGGAUGGAGAACCCAUGGGUGAAGGUGGAUACCAUUGCGGCCGACGAGAGCUUCUCUCAGGUGGACCUGGGUGGCCGGGUCAUGAAGAUCAACACCGAGGUGCGGAGCUUCGGGCCGGUGUCCCGCAGCGGCUUCUACCUGGCCUUCCAGGACUACGGUGGCUGCAUGUCCCUUAUUGCUGUGCGUGUCUUCUACCGCAAGUGCCCCCGCAUCAUCCAGAAUGGCGCCGUCUUCCAGGAGACACUGUCGGGGGCGGAGAGCACAUCGCUGGUGGCUGCCCGGGGCAGCUGUAUCGCCAAUGCCGAGGAGGUGGACGUACCCAUCAAGCUCUACUGUAACGGGGACGGCGAGUGGCUGGUGCCCAUCGGACGCUGCAUGUGCAAAGCCGGCUUUGAGGCCGUGGAGAAUGGCACAGUCUGCAGAGGUUGCCCGUCUGGAACCUUCAAGGCCAACCAAGGGGACGAGGCCUGCACCCACUGUCCCAUCAACAGCCGGACCACUUCUGAAGGGGCGACCAACUGCGUCUGCCGCAACGGCUACUACAGAGCGGACCUGGACCCCCUGGACAUGCCCUGCACAACCAUCCCCUCCGCGCCCCAGGCGGUGAUCUCCAGCGUCAACGAGACCUCCCUCAUGCUAGAGUGGACCCCACCCCGCGAUUCAGGAGGCCGCGAGGAUCUCGUCUACAACAUCAUCUGCAAGAGCUGUGGCUCGGGCCGGGGCGCCUGCACCCGCUGUGGGGACAACGUGCAGUACGCGCCCCGCCAGCUGGGCCUGACCGAGCCUCGUAUUUACAUCAGCGACCUGCUGGCUCACACCCAGUACACCUUCGAGAUCCAGGCCGUGAACGGCGUCACCGACCAGAGCCCCUUCUCCCCUCAGUUCGCCUCCGUGAACAUCACCACCAACCAGGCAGCUCCGUCGGCUGUGUCCAUCAUGCACCAGGUGAGCCGCACCGUGGACAGCAUCACCCUGUCGUGGUCCCAGCCUGACCAGCCCAACGGCGUCAUCCUGGACUACGAGCUACAGUACUACGAGAAGGAGCUCAGUGAGUACAACGCCACAGCCAUAAAAAGCCCCACCAACACGGUCACUGUGCAGGGCCUCAAAGCCGGCGCCAUCUAUGUCUUCCAGGUGCGGGCACGCACUGUGGCGGGCUAUGGGCGCUACAGCGGCAAGAUGUACUUCCAGACCAUGACCGAAGCUGAGUACCAGACAAGCAUCCAGGAGAAGCUGCCACUCAUCAUUGGCUCCUCGGCGGCUGGCGUGGUCUUCCUCAUUGCUGUGGUCGUCAUUGCCAUCGUGUGUAACAGAAGACGGGGGUUUGAGCGUGCUGACUCGGAGUACACGGACAAGCUGCAGCACUAUACCAGUGGCCACAUGACCCCAGGUAUGAAGAUCUACAUCGACCCUUUCACCUAUGAGGACCCCAAUGAGGCAGUGCGGGAGUUUGCCAAGGAAAUUGACAUCUCCUGUGUCAAAAUUGAGCAGGUGAUUGGAGCAGGGGAGUUUGGUGAGGUAUGCAGUGGCCACCUAAAACUGCCAGGCAAGAGAGAGAUCUUUGUAGCCAUCAAGACGCUCAAGUCAGGCUAUACUGAGAAGCAGCGCCGGGACUUCCUGAGUGAGGCAUCCAUCAUGGGCCAGUUCGACCACCCCAAUGUCAUCCACCUGGAGGGUGUUGUCACCAAGAGCACGCCUGUGAUGAUCAUCACUGAGUUCAUGGAGAAUGGCUCCCUGGACUCCUUCCUCCGGCAAAACGAUGGGCAGUUCACAGUCAUCCAGCUAGUGGGCAUGCUCCGGGGCAUCGCAGCCGGCAUGAAGUACCUGGCAGACAUGAACUACGUCCACCGUGACCUGGCUGCCCGCAACAUCCUUGUCAACAGCAACCUGGUCUGCAAGGUGUCUGACUUUGGGCUCUCGCGCUUUCUGGAAGAUGAUACCUCAGACCCCACCUACACCAGCGCGCUGGGUGGGAAGAUCCCCAUCCGCUGGACGGCCCCAGAAGCCAUCCAGUACCGGAAGUUCACCUCAGCCAGUGACGUGUGGAGCUAUGGUAUUGUCAUGUGGGAGGUGAUGUCCUACGGGGAACGGCCCUACUGGGACAUGACCAACCAGGACGUAAUCAAUGCCAUAGAGCAGGACUACCGGCUGCCCCCACCCAUGGACUGCCCAAGCGCCCUACACCAGCUUAUGCUAGACUGCUGGCAGAAGGACCGAAACCACCGGCCGAAGUUUGGCCAGAUCGUCAACACGCUGGACAAGAUGAUCCGAAACCCCAACAGCCUCAAAGCCAUGGCGCCCCUCUCCUCCGGAAUCAACCUGCCACUGCUGGACCGCACGAUCCCCGACUACACCAGCUUUAACACCGUGGACGAGUGGCUGGAGGCCAUCAAGAUGGGGCAGUACAAGGAGAGCUUCGCCAACGCCGGCUUCACAUCCUUCGACGUCGUGUCACAGAUGAUGAUGGAGGACAUUCUCCGGGUUGGGGUCACCUUGGCCGGCCACCAGAAAAAAAUCCUGAACAGUAUCCAGGUGAUGCGAGCACAGAUGAACCAGAUCCAGUCUGUGGAGGUUUGACGUUCAUCCACCUCGGCUCACCUCUUCCUCCAGGCGCCCCCCGCUCCGCCCCACACGCCGGCCCCCUGGCUCUCCGUCCACGUCCACCGCAGGGUCAGCCACCUGCCAGGAGGCCGCGGGCAGCAGGAAGAACCGAGCAGCGUUCCAGCCACGAGACGUCACCAAGAAUAUGUGCAACUCAGAUGAUGGAAAAAAGGGAACGGGGACAAAAGAAAAUCGAUCCAGGGAGGGGGCGGGAAAUACAAAGAAUAUUUUUUAAAGAGGAUUCUCAUAAGGAAAGUGA